AUGGUAUCCCUUGCACGGUCUUUCCAUUUAGAACAUAUUGAUGUCGUCAUUGAAACUCGACUCACGCAAAGUUCAAACAGCAUUGGCAACACAAAUCGGAAACCAUGUGAUGUUACAUUCAGUUCACCGGGGGAAGGAGAAGAGUCGGACGGUGAUGAUGAACAAGAUGAUUUACUCCCCAAAUUUUGUCCUCAUGUUGACAAAGUUUUCAUAUCCACUUCAUGGACUAAUGGCAUCACACAUGUGGGUCAAAGCUUUGAGGGCAGGGCUGAUGAAUUUCGUAUUGUUCUUCGUAAGUAUGCGGUUGAAUGUGGAUUCCGGUUCAAGUAUCUGAAGAAUGACUCUGUUCGGAUUACAGUUGUGUGCACAAUGAGGGAAUCAAAAGGAUGCAUGUGGUCUAUACACGCACGAGUCUUGCAUGCUGAUGAGUUCUUUUACAUUCUACGUAACAAACUGCUCACACGACCGUCCGAUGUUGUUUAUGACUUGAAGAAAGAUUAUGGAUUAGAGAUAAGCUACCGAGUAGCAUGGUUGGGCAUUAUGAAAGCAAGGGGCGAGAUGUUUGGUGCACAUUCCAUUUCGUUCGAUCAAUUACGGUGGUAUAGUAAUUCUGUUAUGGAAAACAAUGCAGGCAGUUACAUUAACAUUGACUAUGAUGACCAAAAUCACCGGUUUGUACGAUAUUUUAUAUCAUUCAAAGCAUGCAUUGAUGGUUUCAAUCAUUGUCACCCUUUACUAUUCCUAGAUGAUACCUUCUUGAAGGGAAAAUUCAAAGGCAACUUGCUAGCUGCUAUCGCAAAGGAUGGCAAUCAAGGUUAUUCUCAUUCAUAG